CUCUCUCUGUCUCUCUCCUCCAACUCCCUAUACAGACAGAGUCAGUGAGACUGAGAUGAGAGGCCGUGUAGUGUAGGUUUCUGAACACUAUUUGCUAUUUUUGCUGUUUCUAGUUUUCCUUCUUGCAACACUGCAAAACAAGUCCUUUCUCUUCCACCAGCUGUCUGUCAUUUUUGUGCUAUAAUAAUUUUUAUUUCCACAGUCGAUUGUUUUUCCCUCUUUUCAAGGCCAUUAUAAGAUGACUUUGUAACAGUUCGAUGUUAACCAUUAGCAUUUGUGACAAGAAAGGAAAUGAAGGCAUGGCAAACAAUGGGGCUAUAUAUGUAACAGAAAACCCAAAUGCCUUCAGCUGCUUCUCCUCUGCUCCCUCCUUUUCCUCUUCUUCUCCCUCUUGUUCAAUGGGAAUGGUUUAUGCAGAUAUGGGCUCUCUUUCACUUAGUUCCAACUAUGGCGUUGUUUCAUCUGUUUCUUCUCAGGAGAGUAGCUAUAUCUCAAAGCUUUCUGAAGUGGAAAAUGGGAGGGGGUUUUGGGGUUUUCCUCCUAUGGGGAACUGCAACAACAGAAGCUCUGAGGACUACCACCACAACACUGACAUUGGUGACGGUAAGGGCUCAGAUAGCAGCAGUGAUCAUGAGAGUGGGGAAAAUAAUCAGACUUGUAUGAAUGAUCAGAAAGCCAACCUAAUAAACCAUGAGAAGUACCCUAAUGAGAAUGUGGUGAUUGGUGGGAAGGAAACAGAAAGUGGGCAGUCAAAACAUUGUGCCAGAGGGCAUUGGAGGCCUGCAGAAGAUUCCAAGCUCAAGGAACUUGUCGCUCUUUAUGGCCCUCAGAAUUGGAACCUCAUAGCAGAGAAGUUGGAAGGAAGAUCAGGUAAGAGCUGUAGACUAAGAUGGUUUAACCAGUUGGACCCAAGGAUCAACAGAAGAGCUUUUACUGAAGAAGAAGAAGAUAGACUAAUGCAAGCUCAUAGAGUAUAUGGAAACAAAUGGGCCAUGAUAGCUAGGCUCUUUCCUGGAAGAACUGAUAAUGCUGUCAAGAACCAUUGGCAUGUUAUAAUGGCCAGGAAGUACAGAGAACAAUCCAGUGCUUACAGGAGGAGGAAGCUCAGUCAAACUGUUUACAGAAGAAUGGAGGAAGAUCCAAGCUUCAAUGUCUCAAGGAGUACAGAGCCUCCAUCUUAUUGUAGUCUCAAUCUCCCCCACAAUGGAGGUCUCAGCAAUAGCACUUUAUCUCCUUUCUCAUAUGGAACAAGCUAUAAUGGUGUUGUUGGUUGGGGGGUUGACUAUUAUGGCUCAAAUGGCUCACCCAACAUGACCAGUGCGGAAGAAGAAGAAACAAUCCCAAGCAAAAAAGUCCUUCCUUUCGAAUUCUUCCCCGGUACCAAGAGGAAUGAGGGGGUGAUGGGGAUGGUGAGCCAGAGCAGAUCUUGGGAUAGUUCAAGUGAUAUUGAGGGUCAUUUAUGUAACCUGCAUCCUCACCAUCAACCAUACAUGAUGGCAAUGCAACAGGCAAACUACCACAACCUUCUUCACAGUUACUCAGAUUCAUCAGUAUCAGCAUCACCACGUCAAGUUUCAGCCAGCAAACCCUCACCAUCAGCUGCUGCUGCUGCAGAUGAGGACAGAGUUGGUGGCAGCCACCAUGAGACCCUUCCACCACCAUUCAUUGAUUUUCUUGGGGUAGGAGCCACAUGAAGUUAGAAGCCAAGAAAAGCUGAAAAGGGUUUUUCACUUAAUCAUCAGAAAAGGGGCUCAAUGUGGUUGUGGUCCAAGAAAACUAUGAAGCCAUUAGAGGUAAAAGAGAAAGGAUUGUUGUUUUAGUUCUCGCUGACAUUGAAGAAUCUGCAUCAGUCCCUUUAAGUCAUAUCCCACCAUCUUUUUCUAUGUACCCCCCAAACUCUCGCAUGAGACCCUUGCCAAAAGGUGAAACAAAUAAAUUAGA